AUGCCUCUGAAGCCGAUCGUGAUGAUGGAGCACACGUUCGUGACCGACCUCCCAUCCGACAUGGUGGCGACCCUGACCGUGUACCACCAGGAACUCGGGAUGGUGCUGGCGCUGGUGGUGGGCGAGAAGGGCCCCAUCCAGUGCGCGCUCCGCAAAGUCAUUGAGUACCUCGGGCACUGGGGUAGGAAGGCCACAGUCUCGAGGGUCGACGGCGAGCCCGCCACAGAGGACAGGAACGAGGAGGUGAAGGACCUGCGGAGGACCACUGGGCUGCUCCUGCGGGAUGUGGCCGAGGUCGAGCUUCACGCUGGUCACCCGCUGGUGCCCUGGCUUGUGCGGCACUGCGGCUGGUGCAUCUGCGUGCCCCGCGUGCGCACGGGCGGCCGGACGGGCUACGAGAGGCUGAAGGGCGGGCCAUGCAACGGCAAGACUGCCCUCUUCGGACUCCCGAUGCCUCGGCCCGGCCGAAACGGUGCAUCCAUCACGAAGGCCUACCUCGACAAGUACGGCCUCACCCCGGAAUGCCCAGGCUGCACCGGGCGCACGACGGGACACAGCGACGCCUGCAAGGCUCGCUUCCUGGAGAUCUGGAGGAAGGCGGAGCGCGUGAUCGGCGCUCUGCAUGCGUGCGGCCAGCCGCCCCUUGCGGAGGCCGGGAGCAUCGUAACGCCGGCGGCCCACGUGGCGACGCCAGACGUCGGCACGCAGGACGUCAAGGACCACAAGACCGGCGAGGUGCCGAUGAAGGACGCCAGGGGUAAGAAGGUGCGCAGCCUGUGGCUCGACGGGAAGCCUGUGCAGGACGGUGAGACCACCGUCUGGACGCGAUGUGUGGCCAUGGAGUUCAACGUGUACGACCGGCUGGGCACGUACACGGCAACGCCACCGUUGAAGGUCGUCAAGUUGAUCGCCUCACGAGCUGGUUCUAUAAGACGUCCUGGUACCAACGACUGGACCAGGGUGCUGGGGCUCUACGACAUCGUCACAGCGUUCUGGCCAGCCGACUUGCCGCUGGACGAGCCGAUCACGGUAAUCCCGCCUAGGGGCGAGGAGGCCCCAGGGAUGGUGCGGCAGAUGGUGAAGGCGAUGUAUGGCACACGCCGUGCGUCCCAGUUGUUCCUCGAGUUCCUGGUGAAGGUCUUCGAGCAGUGCGGAUACAAGGCAUUGAAGACCAGCCGCCAGAUCUUCUACUCGAGGCGGUACGACUCUGUGGCCGGUCUGUGGGGCGAUGAUAUCAUAGCCGAGGCGGAGAGCGAGGGCAUCGACCACCUUGACGCCAUGAUCAGCCCGCUCUGCAACAUCAAGGACCUGAAACACGUCGUGAUGUUACUGGAGAGCACGGGCAAGCUCAGGGCGAAGCCCCAGGGGAGCCCCUGCAGCAAGCAAAUCGGCAGGGACGACCCGGCGACCCUGGACGAGCUCGACGGCGAGGCGCAGACCCAGCAUCGCAGCGACACUGGUCGUGUGCUCCACGUGUCGUCCGGGCGCUUCGACAUCCAGUACUCAGCCAAGGAGCUGGGCGAGCCGAUGUCCACGCCUCGCAGGCUAGGCAGCGCAAGGCUGGACCGCUGCGCGCGGUACCUCGCAGGCUGCCCGUUCUUGGCGCUCGUCUUCGAGCACGAGCCAGAGACAGCAACUGGGCCGAGGAGCUGGACCGUUGCUCGACCCACGCAGGCUGCGAGCUCGUGGGCUCGCAUUUCAUCGAGUCCUGGGCCGUCACAGGCCCUCUCCGGCGCGGAGGCCGAGCUUUACGGCAUCGUCGACGGUGCGGCCCGGGGCAUCAUCACAUCAGGACCCAGAGCCUCUGCAAAGAGAUCGCGGAUCGUCGUGGUGCCGGAGCGGCACGGUCGCGUCGGCAGCGAUGCCAGCGCCGCCGUCGGCAUCAGCUCUAGGAGCGGCGUGGGGAAGACCCGCCAUAUCGCGACGCGAUGGCUCUGGGUCCAGGACGCCGUCUGGGAGAAGCAAGUCAUCCUGAAGAAGAUCCCCGGCGAGACCAACAUCGCCGACUUGGGGACGAAGGCACUGGAGCCGAAGAGGCACCAGGAGCUCAUGAAGCUGCUCCCCCUGGCGAAGCCUACAUGCCGCCGGUUAUUGGCGGCAUGGGUGGCCUUCGGAGCGGCCCCUGCAACGCAGGCCGCCCCGGAGGCGCAGGAGGAACUGACGUGUGCGGUGAAGCCGCAGUGCGAGGAUACCAGGCUCCUCAACUACAUGCUCGUCGCUCUUCUAAACUGGGGGCUGGUGCGCCUCUAG